AGGAGAGGGGGGGGGGGGUCGCGUGGCAUCGACGCAAUCUCGUCGCGUUUGACGGCCCACGUCCGGGUUAGGCCACCCCCACUCCACUCGGCACGCAGUGGUCGCGCCCAAUAGGAUGCGACUUUGUCGCUGGAGUUGUCAGUAACUAGGAGCGCAGCGCUCCGACGCCGCGCUCACGCUCAUCGUCGUUCUCGUGAGGACCUUGCUCGCUCCACCGCUGGAUGAAGACGGCCUCUCCCUACAAGCCGCCGCCGCCGCCGCCGCCGUCUCUCACGACCCCUGCGAUGUUAUUCAUCUCAGCCCGGCCGCUCGCUGCCCAGCCACAUGAGUUGUGAUGGCAUCGUCCGCUCCAUCUCUCAUCGGUACUCAGCGGCGAUGGUGGUGGUGAUGGUGGUGGUGAACAAAGUCGACUCGCAGAUGCUGACCGCUCGAUCGCUCGUCACGAUGGAGAAGCGCCCGAGCCAAAGUUCCUCGGGCCCUGAGUUGGGGCCCACGGGCAGCCCGCCCGUGACGGCGCCUGGGCCGAGGCUGCCGCCGGCCGACGGCGGCGACGGCUUCGACGGCGACGGUGACGGCGACGGUGACCGCGCGUUUGGCCGCGGUGUUGAAGGCGCCCGGUACAGCGGGCAAACGCUGCGCGGGCUGAGGCACGGACAAGGCAGGCUCGCGUGGCGAGAUGGGCAGUUGUACGUGGGCGAGUUCUUCCGAGACCACUGCCAUGGGCUGGGCGAGCACGUGUGGCCUGAUGGGUCGCGGUUCCUCGGGCACUUCUACCUCGGCAGGAGGGAGGGCUACGGAUCAUUCACGUUCCCGGACGGGAGCACUUUCCAGGGUUUGUACGCGAGCGACCGGCGUUUUGGACCCGGCGUUCGGAGUUACGGGGACGGACGUCAGGACGCGGGGAUCUGGCUGGGGGAGAGGCUCGUAAAGCUGUGCGUUCACCUGCCGAACGUCGCUCCCGCGGUCUGGCCCCCGGAGGAAGUGACAUCGCCGGCGGGCGCCAACCCGCGGGAAGCGACGUCACGGGAGCCCGCGGCGACCGUGGAACCUUCCGGCGCGAGGGCGGGGAAGUCGGAUCGCGAGCAGCGGAGCGAACUGGCGCAGCGGGAAGCGGCGUCGCACGCGGCCACACGGGAAGCCGGGCCGGCCGGGGACGUGCCGCCGAACGCCGAACUCUCCGACACACGACCGCUCCGGGGCGAUGCAGGCGCCGGCAGGCCGUGGGGCGCGCGAGAGGCGCCGUCUCCGCCGCGCGGCGGCGCCGACGCUUCCGGGGGGAUGGCCCCCGUGAUCGUCGCUCUCUGCAGAAGAGAGCCUCGUAGCUUGCCGGAUCUCUCCGGGACGGACGACGACUCCGACGAUGACGACGACUCGGCCCGGCCCGACGGGGGAGCGGCGCCCUCGCCGGGCACCGUGCGGAGCAGCGGCGGCGGGUUCGGCGUAGCGCUGAUGAAGCAGGUGCAGAGCGACCCGCUGGGCUACCGCUUCCAGCAGGUGGCGCUGCACGACGGCGUGGUGUUGCCGCCCGGCAUGGAGCGCUACUCCACCGACACGCAGCACCUGCCGCUCACCGCCAGCUACCUCGCCGCGUGUGACGCGCGGUUCUUCAGAGCAGCAGCAGCUCGAGAGGCGGCCGGGCUCCACGCGGGCAGCUGCUGGCGGGACCGCCACCUCCCGGUCCGAGCGUGGCUGAGGACGCACGCACGGGCACACGGGGACGAGCGCUUCGCGCUCGAUUGCCGUGCGGGCGACAUCCUGGAGGGCCGCCGCGUGGGGUUCGGCCCACGGGGCCCCCUGGAGGAGGCCUCGGAGCGCCUGCUGGCGGCGGCCGCCAGGGGCGACGGCGCCCGGGCCCUCGGCCCGCCGCUCACCCACCCCGACGUCGCAGACGCGCGCGGGCGCACGGCGCUGCACGUCGCUGCGGUGAAUUGCCAAGAAGACACAAUUCACCUGCUGCUGGACUGGGGCGCCGAUGUGAAUGCGUUGACGGACGAUGGAAUUUCUCCACUGCUUGCUUGCCUCAUGCUGUACUAUGCACAGGAGCCACCGGCCCAGGGAGCAGUCGGCGGUCGCGCGGAGACGCCAGAGGCCGACGGUGCCGCGGCGUCUCGGUGCGACGGGACCCCCCCGACCGAGAGCGGCCGCCAGUGGCCCCCCACCCGGGAAUCCCCAUCGGACAGCGGCGUCGACGUGAGGGACCGCGCGUCGGCGUUGUGCGAGGAGCCGCCGCGACGUGGCCGCUGUCAUCGGCCAAUGGCGGCGUCGCGCGGGCCAGGCAAGGCGAUGGCGCCUUCGGCGGAGGGACGACCGCUUGACCCCGAGCGCUCGGGAUGGACCGGUCACGGGCCCUCGGGUGCACGCGGCGAGGACGAGGAGGAGGAGGACGACGAGGAGGAGGAGGACGAGGAGGAGGGACAUUCUACGAGCUCCGAGUUCCGCUCCACCGCUACGCUGCGCGCGUUCGCCAUCGCCGUCUCCGACAAGGAGCUGGAGCUGAGCGCCGAGGCCCUGAGCAGGCUCCGCCGUGACGAGGGGGCGGCUCGUGACGGCCGGCGCGGUGGUGAGAAUCGCGGCGGUGGCGGCGGCGGCGGCGGCUGCAGCGAUGGAGGAGGAGCAGACGAGGAGGAGGAGGAGGAGGAGGGGGGCGAAGGAAGGGCAAGGAAGCUGGCCACCCUCAAACACAAACGGCGCCGCCUCUGGGCCACGGCGCUGCUGCUGCUGGAGCGCGGCGCCGACCCCGGCGUGGGCGGCGUGGGCGGCGUGCCGUGCCUGCUGCUGGCGGCGAGCGCCGGGGACGUCCGCGCCCUGCGCCUGCUGCUGCAGCGAGGGGCGCCGCCUGACCAGCGCCUGCCAGCCGAGCAGGGCGGUUUCCCCGCCCUGCUGGUGGCCGCUGGCACGCCGGGGCCCCGCGGGGUCAAGAUGGUCUCCCUGCUGCUGCACGCCGCGGCCGACCCGGACGUGCGUGCGCCCCACACGGAGGCCUCCUUCUUCCCUCCCGACCAGGGAGCGGACCACGCGGUGUGUGGCACGGCGAGGAGCGACGCUGCCCAGGCAGGGUUCCCUUCCCAGCUCCACGGCCACCCCCAGCAGCCCCCUGCAGCGGGGGGACUUACAGCCCUGCACGUGGCUUGCCAGCGCUCCGACGACCCGCAGUGCGUGCAGGCCGUGGUGCGCCUGCUGCUGCGUCACGGCGCCAACGCUGACCCGGUGUGGGCCGGCCACUCGCCGCUGUCCCUGGCGGUCGCCUGCGGGAACCUCCCGGCGGUGGAGGAGCUGCUGAGCGCCGGCGCCGACCCGGACCUCGCGCUGCCGGGGCCCGUCGGCAGCGCCCUCUGCGCCGCCGCCAACCCCGGCUACGCCCACGGGGGACUCGACGCGGCGUCGCUCCUCGCGCUCGUGGACCGGCUCAUCGCGGCCGGCGCCAGCGUCCUGUCGCCCAUCCACGUGCACGACGGCGCCAGGCUGGCGGUCGGCACCGUCGUCGACUUUGCCUUCAUGCGCUUCAACCAGGACCGCCGCGUCGCCCACGCCCCGUACCACGCGCUCUCCCCGAGCGAGCGGGCGGCGUUCACGGCGCGCCGUGCCGUGCUCGCCCACCUGGGCGCCGCCCUGCGCCGCGCCGCCGUCGCCCGCGAGCGCCGGCGGCUCGAGGCCUUGGCGGAGCGAGGAGUCGUCACGGUGGGGCCCAGCAAGAGGUUCGUUUACACCGGCGCGGGCGCGACCGUCCCCACGACCUCCGGGCCGUCCCCUCGCUCGGCACGACGCUCCUCCUCGCCGCACUCCUCGCAGAGACGAGAAACCCGCGCGGGCGCGGGCACCAAAGAGGGGAGCGCGGCGGUGAAUGAAAAGAAAAUCGUGAGGCGCUUCCUGCUGCGGUUCUGCUACGGCUGCGGCCGCGCCGUGGGCGUGCGGCUGUCCCCGUGCUCGCGGUGCCGCGAGGUCCUCUACUGCAGCCGCGCGUGCACCGUCGCCGCCUGGGCCGGCUGGCACCGCGACGAGUGCGUCCGCGUGCCAGGUCAACGCAGCCAGCAGCGCAAGGGCAAACCCGACGCGGCGCUCGACGGAAAGACCGCGAAGCAGCCCGCCGUGCCUUCGUGCUCGGAAAACUACAGCUUCAACUAACACGAGGAGCGGCCAACGGUCCGGAAGGGAGCUGCCUCCGCCCGGCGGAUGCUUCCACGGUCCCCCGGCCGUGUGCCCCCGUCUCCUCCUCGUCUCUCCCGCGGCCAAGACGAUCGCGGCCAACGCCGCGGCCACGACUAUCGGCCACGACUAUCGGCCACCUUCAUUCGCAGAUUGACAACGGCCGCUCUCGUCGGCCCGUCACCCGCUCGUCUCUCCGCGAAUGCUACGACCGUGGCCGUUGCUACAGCCGCUCUCUUCCCUCAUUGUUGCCAUCUCCUGCCCAAGCUGCAGGCAAAAUUGUUCCCCCACCCUCCCUCCUCCUCACUCCCUCCUCCUCACUCCCUCCUCCUCA